AACCUCAGUAGAACAACACAUAUGUGGUAGCAAUAGGCUAUUCCGAGACAGACCAAACCUUGAAGAAGAAGAAUUGUUUGUGCUAUGGACAAACAUUAAAAAUAAACUACGUGUGACCCUUGCAAUGAGAAGAGCAAAGCAUGUCACGGAAGCUGUUCUAUGCUGUGUGAUUCUACUCGUCAUCCACAGGAGUUCAGAAAGUAUACGGGUGAUUGGAGGAAGCAGGACUGUGGUACAGGGAGAGGACGUGGACUUAUCCUGCAGACUGCUAGAGACAGAUGAGGAGCUUGAACAGAUAACAUGGCAGAAAAAGACUCUGGAAGAACCAGAGAACCAUAAUUUCUUGCUUAUUUAUCCCAAUGGGGUUACUGACUUUAUUUCAUCGAAUGGAUUGGAAAAUAGAGUCCAGUUUUUUGGGAACCUGACAGAAAACAUUGGUUCUAUUCGAAUAACAGCUGCCAGACUGUUGGAUGAAGGCACCUUCACAUGCGUCUUCAGUGUUUUCCCAAGUGGAGUAUACAGCAUAGAGAUACCUCUUACUGUGCUAGUACCUCCAGUGAUGAGUGUUACAGUCGAUGUCCCUCCUGUCGUUGGAGAGAAUGAGGUUUUCUUGGCAUCCUGUUUGGCUGCUGGUGCCAAGCCACAGGCAGAAGUGAGGUGGAACACGGAUGCAUUCGACAGUUUGGUGAGGACGGUGACCAACUCCACCCAGCACGCCAACGGCACCACCACGGUAGUCAGCCACCUGCUCGGGGUGCCAACCAAAGCAGCCAAUCAGCAGCAGGUUCAGUGUGUGGUCAACCAGUCUGCCCUGGCAACAGAGAGGACCCUGGCCUACACAAUCAACAUCAACUAUCCACCUCAGACAGUGAACAUUACUCUUAGUGAGGCCUCCCCAGCCACAGUGUUCCUAUGUGUAGCAGACAGCAACCCAAAAGCCAUCUACACCUGGACCAGAGUGGGACAGCCAUGGCCUCAGUCUGCAGUGAGAGCAGAGGGAGACACACUGCACCUCAUCAGCCUCAGCUCUGAGUUGAAUGGCCUCUACACUUGUGAGGCCUCCAAUCCUUACGGACGAGCAACUGGCUCUCAAUAUGUGCAUGUCACCUCCAAUAUCUCUGCUGCCUGUUGGGUUCUACUUGUCAUUAUAUUUCUGAUUGUCGCUGCUGCUGCUGCUGGACUCAUAUGGUACCGGUGGAAAAACGGAAAAUGUCUUUGGAGUUCAUUCAUGGGCGGUCACCAGUUCGAGGCACAAUCACAGGUUGAGGAAGAUGAAGCUGGGGUGUAAACCAAGAGGGCAGAUAAGGAAGAAGUAUCAUAAGGCUUCAAGGCAUCUCCAUGUUAGCAUCACCUACUUGGUAUGGCUACUGCUCAGCAUCUGACCGCAAGGCGCUUCAGAGGGUUGUGCAUACAGACCAAUACAUCACUGGGCCCAAGCUUUCUCCCAUCCAGGACUGAUAUACCAGACGGUGUCAGAGGAAGGCCCUAAAAAUU